CGCGGAACUUUUAUUUUAGGGGAGCGCAUAACAGCGUUGCACAAAAUGCCGUCUGUCAGAAAGCCAGACCGACAGCCUUGUUUUCAGCAAUAAAUCCAUGUUUUUAAGGGAUGUGUGACGCAGCAGAGGUGGACCUGUAUGCUGUCCUGGGAGCCAGCCCCUCAGACUCGCUCCAGCAGCUCAGACACAGGUACCAGCAGCAGGCCUUGCAGUACCACCCAGACCGUCUCGGAGGCAAGUGUUCUUCAGAAGCAGAGUCCGGUGUAAAGAAGUUUCUGGAAGUGGAUGCUGCCUGGAGGAUCCUCAGUGACCAGGACAGCAGGAAACAGUAUGACCUGCAGAGGAGAGUUCAGGAACUGAAACAGGAUUGGCCGGUGGAUUCUACAGUCUAUCUGGAGGAGAUGACCUGGGACCAGGAUAAGUGCGUGUACACAUACGGCUGUCGCUGUGGCGGAGGAUUCGAUGUCUCCUCCGCUGAGGUGGAGGAGGAGACCCAGACGGGGCAUCAGGACGAUGAAGAGGAAACGCGCAGAGGUCUGGUUGUCUGCUGUGAUACUUGUUCGCUCAGUGUGUGCGUCACAUGGUCCUUACAUAGAAAGACUCAAACUUGAAGUAUAUAAUACAAUAAUAACACUUAUUUGGAAAACUGUCACCUUUGACAAAGCCGAGCCGGACUACUUAAACAUGGUGUCAACAUCAUCAACCUUUUUGAAAGAGGAAACUGAACUAUAACUUAAUAAACCAAACGGGGGCUUACACACCUGAAAGUCCAAACCAGGGUCCGAACCAUGGUUCAUGUUUUUCUUACAUUGUAUGCAUCUGAUCUGGUAAGUUUUGGUUUCACACUGGGUUUCACACAUAACUGUGUCCUGUCGUCAUAACAUAGGUGAGCCCCGUCUCCCAAUACUUUGUAGACUGGUUUCUCGGUCCUCUGGUAUCCUCUCUCUGAGUUUCUCCAGCAGUCUCCUGCUCUCUCCCCUUGCUGCCGUGGCUCUUUCUGUUCCAUUGCGUUGUUGAAAAGCAAGACAGGAACUUUACUCAGAGGUUUUAAAGUGCUGCAUAUUUAGAGACAAACCUUCAUUGUACAU